AUGCCCACCCUCCGCGCAGCAGUGUGCCAUGUCGCACCGGUCUUCCUCUCAGCCAAAGCAACGACUGAGCGCGCCAUCGCGCUCAUCCAGGAAGCAGCGCGCCACAAAGCCAACCUGGUCGUCUUCCCCGAAAGCUAUAUCCCGGCAUUUCCAAUCUGGAGUUCCAUCUUACCACCCACCGACAACCAUGACUUCUUCAAACGCAUGGCCCAAGAAUCCGUGUAUGCCGACGGCGAGGAGAUCCGUGCUAUCCAGGCUGUUGCACGCGCGACAAACACCAUGGUGAGCAUCGGCUUCUCUGAGAAGACGCGAUUCAGUACAGCGACAUUGUACAAUUCCAACAUUAUUAUUAGCGAAAAGGGAGAAGUGGUGGUGCAUCAUAGAAAGUUGAUGCCGACGUUUUUCGAGAAGCUAACCUGGUCGCCCGGUGACGGGCAUGGCCUGAGGGUCUACGAAUCCGAGCAGGGAUAUGGCAAAAUUGGGAACCUUAUCUGUGGCGAAAAUACCAAUCCGCUGGCGAGAUAUACACUUAUGGCGCAAGGGGAGCAGGUGCAUAUCUCUACCUGGCCGGCUAUAUGGCCUACUCGUGCGACGACAGCGGGCGACGUAUCUCCCAAGAAUUACGAUAAUGUCGCAGCAAAUAGAACCCGAGCUGCGGCACAUUGUUUUGAGGCCAAGGCCUUUGGAAUUCUCAGUGCUGGGUUUUUGGAUCAGCAGACAAUCGAGCUGAUUGCUUCUGGCUCUAAGAACCCAGAAUUUGUGACUGAGGUGCUCAAGGCAUCUCCGCAAGGUCCAACAAUGUUUCUGGAUCCUACAGGCAAGCAGAUUGAGUCUGCUUGUAUUGUAGAUGGUGGAAAGCAGGUCGAGACAAGCCAGUUGACCGACCGUGAGGGAAUUUUGUAUGCGGAUUUGGAUCUGGAUGAGACGAUUGAGGGCAAACAGUAUCACGAUGUGGUCGGUGGAUAUCAGCGGCUUGACGUGUUUAAUGUGAAAGUCGACCGUUCUCGACGGAACCCAAUCUCUUUCGUGGAGGAUCAAAACAGCAGGGAGGAGAGAAAGGAGACCGAAACUGUUGAAUUGUGA